CUGGCGUCGAAUCGAGAACGACUCGGGAGGCGCCAUAACUGGGUUCCUGUGACGUCAUAGCUCGCCAAGCGCUCACCUGGGGCUGCGGGACAGCGAUUCGAGACGAAUUUCGAGCUGUGCGGCCCACCCGCAGCAGAUAGGACGAUCUGCCGCCCGGCGCUCACGGUACAAACCGCAAGCGCACGGCGCCGACGCGUCCAGAUCUCGCAAGAAUGGCCCCCAAGAAGAAAGCCAAGACCGCCGCGCCGCCGAUGGCCUGUUUCGCGGGUGCGAAAAUCACCGUCAUCGGCGCCAAUCCGUUCCAGCGGAAGCUCUGGGAGGCGAAGAUCGGCGCCGGCACCUCGUUCCUCAAACCGUCUCAAGCAGCAUCACUCAAGGAAGGCAACGACUUCGUCGUGAUUGUUGUGGAUAAUGUGGAUCCCGCGACCGUGCGCGCGAAGGCGGGCACCGCGCAGCUCGUCGUCGAGCGCUGGAUCACGGACUCGAUCGCGCGCAACGAGCGCCAGUCCGCCGCGGCCCACGCCUGGGGCGGCGCGCUCGAGGACGCCGCGCCGUCGCCGGACGACGAGAGCGACGCGUCGAACGCACCGGAGACGAAGGGCCUCGUCAUCGUCGCCGUCGGCCUGCCGGGCGCGGGCAAGUCGCGGUUCCACAAGGAGUACCUGGCCGGGCGCGACGUCGUCCGCUGCUGCCAGGACCUCCUAGAACGAUCGAGAUGUCUCGCGCUCGUCGAGGAGACCGUGCGCGCGGGCAAGUGUGCGUAUGUCGAUCGGUGUGAUGGGUAUCCGGAGCAGCGCGCGCCCUGGGUGGAAAUAGCGAAGCGCUGCAACGUCGAGGUCGUCGCGUUGCGGUUCACGGCGGACGCGUCUACGUGCAUCCAGCGCGCCAAGGCCCGAGCCGCGCAGGGCGAGCACGACAGCACGCUCAAAAGUGAUUUCGCCCGCGUCAUCCUAAAGCAUAGGAGCGAAGCGGAACCUAUUGGCGAGGAAGAAGGCUUCGACCGCGUUUGUGACGUCUACGAGGACGACAACGCGGCCAAUUUGGCCCUUGUGGACGAGCUGCUCGGCCGCACGCCGGCGCCCAUGGUCGAGCCCGUCGCGGCGCCGUCGCUGCCGGACACGACCGCCGCCAUCCGGGCCUUCGCGCUCGCGCCCGCGGACCCGUUGCCGCGCGACGUCCCCGGCUACGAUGUGGACGAGCCUCUGCACGCAAAGAUCGUCGACAGCGUCAUCACUGCGGCCGACGCCGCGCGGCUGAUCGAGCUCGCUGCGGGGGCCCGGGACGCCUUAACGGGGGAACACGGAUACCGAUGGGCGGAUUUGGACGGGCGCAUGCAGCGCGACAAGCGCCAGAGCGACCGCGUCAUGGUCGACGCGCCGGAUUUAGCGCGUCAGAUCUUCGCGCGGCUGAGCGCGGGGCUGCCGGCGACGUGGCGGUCGCGGUCGGGGGGCCUCUGGCGCCUGAAGGGGCUGAACGAGCGCCUGCGGUUCCUCAAGUACUCGCAACCGGGCGACUUCUUCUACCCCCACUGGGACGGUUGCUUCGUCCGAGAGGUGGGCGUCGAGCGCUCCUUCGUGACCGUCCUCCUCUACCUCAACGAGGGCUACCGCGGCGCGUGCACGACCAUCUACGACGAGACGGGCCGCCCGCUCCCCGUCGCGCCCCGGACCGGCAUGGCACUCGUCCACGACCACCUCGUGAGGCAUGCGGUGCCGACGCUGCGCGAGGGCGUCAAGCACGUCAUCCGCACGGACGUCAUGUACGAGCGCGUCUUCGAGUAAGCUUGUGAUAUGUAUCCA